GUUUUAGGAUGCUCUAUUAUGGAAUAAGUUGGGUGCAGCAUUAGCAAAUGGUGGUCAAAGUGAAAAAGCAGUUGAUGCCUAUUAUCAUGCAUUAACAUUGUCACCCGGUUUUGUGCGCGCUCGUUACAAUCUUGGCAUAAGUUGUUUCAACUUAAGUGCAUAUAAACAAGCUGUUGAACAUUUUCUAACUGCACUGAAACAACAAAGUGAUGGAAUUGGUCCACAAGGUACACACGUGCAAAUGUCCGAAAAUAUUUGGCGUACCCUAGCCAUUGCUAUCGGUCAUUUGCAACGGCCAGAUUUAGAACAGAGCGUAGCAAAUAAAGAUUUAUCGAAACUACUUCAUGAAUUCCAAAUCGAGUGA